AUGUUAGCUAUCGGAGACGUCAUCUUAAGAGCUUUUAACUUCAUUUUCUUAGCCAUUGCUUUAGGUUUAACUGGUUCAUUAGCAGCCACAACUUAUACUCAACAUAAUCCACAAAUUAACUUCGGUGUAUUUGCUGCUGCAUUUGGUAUUUUAACUUCAUCAUUAUAUGGUAUCUUUGCAUUUUUCAUUAGUGCAUUUGCAUGGCCAGUUAUUUUAUUUGUUUUUGAUUUCUUAAAUUUUGUUUUCACUUUUGCUGCUGCAACUGCAAUUGCUGCUGGUAUUAGAGUUCAUUCAUGUUCUAAUCAAGAUUACUUAGAUGAUAAUAAUAUUACUCAAGGUUCAAGUGGUAGAUGUAGAAAAGCUCAAGCUUCAGUUGCAUUUUUAUAUUUUUCAACCUUUAUUUUCAUUGCUAGUGGUAUUUUCAGUUUAAUUGGAUUAUUUAAAGGUGGAUUAUUUGGUUCAUCAUCAAGAUCAACUCCAAGAACUGGUGUUCCAUCUAUGUCACAAGUAUAA